CAAUUCGGCCCGUCCUAAAUCUGGCAAACGGCAAAUCGUUUUGUUCCCUUCAGUGAUAGGUUAGAGCCGCCGAUGCUCGCGAGGGAUGGCCUUUGUACUGUUGGGAAAUCGAAGCAGAGAAGUUUAGUGCCUUCUCCAAGGUUACCUGGGAAUCAGAUGAAGAAGCCCUGGCAGAAUUCAAGUAUUAAAUCCGUGUCCUUCUACUCACUAAACUGUACAGAGGAACUGAAGUUAAUUCGUCAGGCUUGUGUCUUUGGCAGUGCUGGAAAUGAAGUUUUGUAUGCUACUGAAAAUGAUGAGGUUUUUGUGCUGGGAACCAACUGCAGUGGCUGCUUAGGAACGGGUGAUGUCCAGAACACCAUUGAACCACGGCGAAUAGAUAGUCUGUGUGGCAAAAAGAUAACUUGCCUGAGCUAUGGAAGUGGCCCUCACGUCAUCGUUGCUACAGCCGAAGGAGAGGUGUAUACUUGGGGCCAUAAUGCUUAUAGUCAGCUGGGCAAUGGGACAACGAACCACGGUUUAAUUCCCUGCCACGUCUCCACUAACUUAGUGAACAAGAAAGUUGUUGAAGUCGCCUGUGGUUCUCACCAUUCCUUAGUGUUAACCUCUGAUGGAGAGGUGUAUGCCUGGGGUUAUAACAACUCUGGGCAAGUCGGGUCUGGCUCAACAGCCAAUCAGCCAAUUCCUCGAAGAGUCACCAGCUGCUUACAAAAUAAGAUCACUACUAACAUAGCUUGUGGCCAGAUGUGCUCAAUGGCUGUAGUGGAAAGUGGAGAGGUCUACGUCUGGGGUUACAAUGGCAACGGACAGCUUGGAUUGGGCAGCAUUGGCAAUCAGCCCACCCCCUGCAGAAUAGCAGCCCUGCAAGGCAUUCGAGUCCAGCGGGUGACCUGUGGCUACGCACAUACAUUAGUGCUAACAGAUGAAGGUCAACUAUACGCCUGGGGAGCCAAUUCUUACGGACAGCUAGGCACCGGCAAUAAAAGUAACCAGUCUUACCCCACACCGGUUCCGGUGGAAAAGGACAGAAUUAUCGAGAUCGCAGCGUGCCACUCGGCCCACACGUCCGCAGCCAAGACCCAGGGCGGCCACGUGUACAUGUGGGGCCAGUGCCGGGGUCAGUCGGUGACCCUUCCUCACCUCACCCACUUCUCCUGCACGGACGACGUGUUCGCCUGCUUCGCCACCCCCGCCGUGACCUGGCGCCUCCUCGCUGUAGACCCCGAUGAUCACCUCACUGUGGCCCAGUCCCUGAAGAAGGAGUUUGACAACCCCGACACUGCGGAUUUGAAAUUUCUAGUGGACGGAAAAUAUAUCUAUGUCCAUAAAGUCCUUCUUAAAAUUAGGUGUGAACAUUUUCGUUCUGUCCUGAAUAACAAUGAGGAUGAAAUCAUAGAGAUGGGAGAAUUUUCCUACCCUGUUUAUCGAGCCUUCCUGGAAUACCUGUACACAGACAGCAUCAGCCUCUCUCCUGAGGAUGCAGUAGGCCUGCUGGACCUUGCUACUUUUUAUAGAGAAAACAGGUUGAGAAAGCUCUGCCAGGAAACCAUCAAGCAAGGGAUCUGCGAAGAGAAUGCCAUCGCUUUGCUGUCUGCUGCCGUGAAGUACGAAGCCCAGGAUCUAGAAGAAUUCUGCUUCAGAUUUUGCAUAAACCAUUUGACGGUAGUAACACAAACUUCGGGCUUUGCAGAAAUGGACCACGACCUCCUGAAAAACUUCAUCAGCAAAGCAAGUAGAGUUGGAGCCUUUAAAAACUGAACCAGCCCCAGCCUCUCUGCAGAGGGAAAGCCUGCCCCUCCCAAAGCUUGAGGACAAACAAUUUCCGUUUAACCAAAACAGCCCUUAAAACGGGCCCGACCAACUCCACCGUGGCCCUGACGAACUCCUGGGUACCAGGGGUGGAGAAAUUUGGGGAAUGGAAUCUUCUCCAUCUCCUCCGCACUAACUCAAGUUUAGAUCGGAAGCCUGAUGCACCGAGCAGACGCUACUAUUCUCCUCACCUUCCGCCUCUCCUAACUUCAAGGAUACUGUAAGGUUAAUCUUCCUAUUAGUGCACUUCCUGCUGCUUCUCUGGAAAUUUUGCAGAAAAAGCACCUUAACAUUGGCUUUUGGCCCCAAGGUCUCAGUUCACAGGAUUUCCCGAACUCACCGUGACAUCCAGGCAAGGCAAGGCAAGGUCUUCCUUGGGAUUCAGGCCUUCAGUUCCUGAGAAUUUGGGACGGAAGACAAAUUCACAGAGAGAAACACAACUCAAAUCUGAACGGUUAAGGUGGUCCAAGACUCCUCGCGUAACUGACUUCAGGGGCACCAGGGCCACUUUGGUUUCAGGCAGUUAACAUUCAAGAAGGCCUUGGCCAAGAGAAGAGCAUCAAAAGACCAAGGGCUAACUUUAUCCUUUUGUUUACUCCGGGUCAUUCAUUCCUCAUUUGGGGGUAUUAAAUAUGACAUAUUUAUUUUAAAUGAUUUUGGCUUUAUUUUCGGGGGUUGGGGGGGACGGCCUUCAGCCUAGUGUAUGACAAACUAAAGUCUUUCUGUUUGUAUUAACGGGGUUGGGCCUUAACGACUAGUGACAGAGUAAUAAUUCGGUAUCAGUUGCAUCAUUUUUUUUUUUUGUUUCUGUGUUGCCCUGAAAUAAUUCUCUCAACCUGAUACCACUCAAAAUUAGUUUAGCUGCAAGUACUGACCCCAAGUAAUUUAUAGUUCAAUUUCCCCAAAAGUGGGACCCAGGACCAAGUUGCGAGUGUAAUGAAGGGAUCCACCUGUAAAAGAGAAACUGGAAUGGUGUGUAAAAAAAAAAAAAAAAGUCACAUUACUUUUAAUAUGUAGGUAAUGAUGCUGAACGGUGAGACAGGAAACAUUCUGGAGGUAGAAAUCUCUGCUCCUAGAA